AUGGUGUCUGAGCGUCUAGGGCGCCUUAUUGAGAGGUCGAGUGGUAUCAAUGGCUACCACCCUGCCUCCUGGUGUGCUGUCUGUGGCCGCACGGGGUCAUCUCCAACAGUGAAACGCAGUGACACCCUAGUUACCUCCCCUCCCCUCUCGGUGAUUGAAGAGCAGGAAGUUGAGGGUGACGUGAGUGACUUAAGAAAGGAGGAGCUGGGGAAGCUAAUGAAAGAUCUCCGCCGUGAACUGGCCUCGACCAAAAGCCAGCUGCAAAGCUACAGGUUCGUCACGGACGACCUCAUUGAUCAGCGGCGAUUGCUGGUGAAGGCUCUGAAUAUUGUAGACACCCUCAUCGCCACUCGCGUCGGCGAAGGAAUACAACAGAGGUCAAUAGCGUGCACAUCCAGGUUUCGGUAUAUUGGGGGAGAGGACAUUAGUAACACCCCAACACCACCCCCAAAGACACCAAUGAUGCCACAACACCACUGCAGCCCCAACCACAAAAUGGCUGUCUCUCACCCCGACACUCCCCUCAGCGGCCUCAAGGCGCUCUGUCUCAAGAAGAAUUUGCUGAUUCAGUACAAACCCCAAACAGCGGAGCAGCGAGAGACAUCAGCAGAGGAUAGGAAAACACCCCUACCAAGAAGGGAAAAUACCGCCAGGAGCGCUAACAAAGAGAGUGAGACGGAGAGUCUGCUCCGACCCCAGCAGCACCGUCUUCAGCAAGGCAGCCUGCAGGUAAACGGGUCACCCCACGGACGAUACUGGCGAAAAAAGAGGGCUGCACGAAGUGGCAACACAACCCCGGAAGCUGAAACGGCACCUGAACCAAGGCGUCAGCCACGACACGAGGCGAUCCCACCAAGGCUGCAGCAACAGCGGCAGCAGCAACAGCAGCGGCAGCAGCAACAGCAGGGGCAGCAGCAACAGCAGCAGCAGCAGCAGCAGCAGCAGCAACAACAACAGCAGCAGCCGCGGCGGCGGCAGCAGCAGCAGGGAAAGUGUUGUAGUGACUGGCCAGCCGGCUAG